GCCGAUCUGCCACUGAAUGUGGCACCAGGGGCUGGCAUUCGAGGUCACCACAAACGAGCGGAAUGGCUUUCUCCCUGGGCUGACCCCGUAGCGUUUGAAACUUGGAAACGUGGUGCCCGCUUCCUGCCCCGGAGACCGCUUCCUGCCCCGGAGACGCCUCCCUGCACUGUGGGCACUAGUAGUCCUUGCUGUGGCAGAAGAAAAUGUAGCGUCCGCGUAAAAGAGGAAAAGUGAGGCUGGCAUUUUCCUUCUGCGCUGCCCUCCCUGUGGCCAAGGGCACCAUGCCGGUGGAAAGGAUGCGAAUGCGCCCCUGGCUGGAGGAACAGAUAAAUUCAAACACAAUACCGGGGUUAAGGUGGAUUAACAAGGAAAAGAAGAUUUUUCAGAUCCCCUGGAUGCAUGCAGCUCGGCAUGGGUGGGAUGUAGAGAAAGAUGCACCGCUCUUCAGAAACUGGGCAAUCCAUACAGGGAAGCAUCAGCCAGGAGUAGAUAAACCUGAUCCAAAAACAUGGAAGGCAAAUUUUCGAUGUGCCAUGAAUUCUUUGCCUGAUAUUGAAGAAGUUAAAGAUAAAAGUAUAAAGAAAGGAAACAAUGCCUUCAGAGUAUACCGGAUGUUGCCCUUAUCUGAACGACCUUCGAAGAAAGGAAAGAAACCAAAGACAGAAAAAGAAGACCGAGUUAAGCACAUUAAGCAAGAACCAGUUGAGUCAUCUUUGGGGCUUAGUAAUGGAGUAAGUGAUCUUUCUCCUGAGUAUGCGGUCCUGACUUCAGCUAUAAAAAAUGAAGUGGAUAGUACGGUGAACAUCAUAGUUGUAGGACAGUCCCACCUGGAUGGCAACAUUGAGGAUCAGGAGAUUGUCACCAAUCCGCCAGACAUUUGCCAAGUUGUGGAGGUGACCACUGAGAGCGACGAGCAGCCCGUCAGCCUGAGUGAACUGUACCCCCUGCAGAUUUCCCCUGUGUCUUCCUACGCAGAAAGUGAAACGACUGAUAGCGUGCCCAGCGAUGAGGAGAGCGCUGAGGGGAGACCACACUGGCGGAAGAGGAACAUUGAAGGCAAACAGUACCUCAGCAACAUGGGGACACGGAGCACCUACCUGCUGCCUAGCGUGGCAUCCUUUGUCACUUCCAACAAGCCUGAUCUCCAGGUCACCAUCAAAGAGGAGAGUUGUACAAUGCCUUACAGUAGCUCCUGGCCCACACUUACAGACCUCUCUCUCCCUUCCUCUGUGACCCCCACACCCAGCAGUAGUCGGCCGGACAGGGAGACUCGGGCCAGCGUCAUCAAGAAGACGUCAGAUAUCGCCCAACCCCGAGUCAAGAGCUGCUAAGUCUUUGACCCUCCCUAGUGGUUGUUGGGAUUUCUUGGCUUUGUGUUAUUGUUUGUAUUUUAUUUUCUCUCUGACACCUAUUUUAGAAAAUAUUAAGGGGGGAAGCCUUGACAAUAGAACAUUGAUUGCUGUGUCCAACUCCAGUACUGGAGCUUUUUUUAAACUCAGGACUCCAGCCCGUUGGUGUCUCUAGAGCCUGCUGGAUCUCCCAGGGCUACUCCCUCAAGUUCAAGGACCAACAGCCACAUGGGCAGUGGAGGUGCUGCGUUGCCUGUGGUCAAGGCCAGCAUGGUAGAGCGGAUGCCUCAGAAUGGACGAGAAAAUGUGAACUAGCUGGAAUUUUUUAUUCUUGUGAAUAUGUACAUAGGGCAGUACUAGCAACACUGCAGUCUGCUUCUGCACCUUAUCUUAAAGCACUUAGGCCUUCUUGUGAUCUUGCUCUAUUUCACAGCACAUACAGCGCCCCCUUCUUUCCCUGUUACCCUGCCUUCUACCCUCUCCCAUCCAGUUCCUUUCCUCCUUUUCCUCUCCUCCAAGGCUGUGCUCUACACCCUGGAGGAGGAGAAGAAGAAAAUGAACUUCUCCACAGAUGUCCCGUUUUAAGACUGCUUGGGGAAAAAAAAAGUCUAAUCUGCUAUGCUUGAAUGCCACGCGGUACAAAGGAAAACUAUCAUGGAAAUAUUAUGCAAAUUCCCAGAUUUGAAGACGAAAAUACUCUAAUUCUAACCAGAGCAAGCUUUUUUAUUUUUUAUACAGGGAAUAUUUUAUUCAAGGUAAAAUUCUAAAUAAAAUAUAAUUGUUUUUUAUCUUUUCUACAGCAAAUUUAUAAUUUUAAGAUUCCUUUUCUUGUUUAUCAGCAGUUGUUAUUACAUCCUUGUGGCACAUUUUUUUUUAAUUUUGUAAAGGUGAGAAAAGCUUUUAUGAGCUCAUGUAGCAAACAAAUUAUCCUGUGGAUUGAUAAUAAAUGAAUAUGAUAUAUAGUUAAAUUUUUAAUGGGCAUCACUCCUGGCUUUGUCUCUGUCUGAUUAGAGCACAAUUAUGGGGCAGGAAUAGCAAAGUAUCAUUUCUUCUUGAGGACCGAAACAUCCUCUUGCUGAUCACAAAACAAGCUGGAGAUGCCCACCUUGAGGUGGCAGAUGCCUUCUGCUGCCAAGUGCCCAACAUGUGCCGGGUGCCAUGUUGAACGUCUUACCCAAGUAACCUUCUUUGCUCAUUGCAGCUGUGCACAAAAUAGGGAUUUACCCCUCUUUCACAUGGAGGAAAUGGGGACCCAGAAUAAAAAUGCCUUUUCUCUGGUCACUUAGGAGGGAAGAGCCAAGGGCAUUGAAGAUGAAACUAUGUGUGGUGUGACUGUGGAGGGAGUCUGUUUACCCACCUCACUGUGAGCAGAUUCCACCCACCUCUGUUUUUCCUCUGUUUAUCUGUAGGCUGUGUAUAUGGCUAGAGUUUGUGUUUCUGUCUCACACCAGGUGCAUGAGUAAGACAUUUUCAACAACAGGAAAUAGUUAUGAGGUGCUGAUUCCUUGUCUGUUAUUCUUUCCAAGACCUCGGCCUUAAAUGGAGGCCCUCCUUUCAAAACUUAGGGUAUGUUUUGGAGUAAGCAAAGUGACCUGAAGAGCAACAGUUCCUGUCACUUAUUUGGUAUUUCAAGGUGUAUACCUGACCUUGAGAAAGCCCCUGCCUUAAUCUCUCAUGCUCCCCAGAAUAGUACUAAAACAGCUGCCUACCUACCUCCUCUGGGGUGUUGUGAAUAGAUUGGUAAGUUAAUAUUUGAAAAGGUUCCUUCAAUUUAUGAAAGGACAAAGGGCUAUUUUUAUGCCUAUCUCUCCAUGUGUGGCUGCAGAUAUAAUUAGCAGUCAUAAAAUUCUCCGCCCAGAACAGAUACCCACUGAAGCAGUUACUGGUGGGUUCAUUGGAGCUGAAAUGCCGCCUGUGGAGAGUUGACUGUUUCUGUGGUGAUCACUUUUGUGGAAGAUAUUUAUGUCAACCUCUUCAUGAAGGGAGAAAUCAUAAGGUCCAAAGCAGAGGUCAGCUCUUUGUGACUUCUGCAGGAAUCCUGUCAUUCAGUCAUCCUGUUUUGAUGUACAUUUGAAAGGAAACCAGCAGAAGCUGGCCCUGAGUCACAUGGCCUGAGGGGUCAAGGGACUUGGGGCAGCUCUGGUUCUCUGCCUCUGCGUUCUUCUCAAACUCCACAUCACUACCCUUCUCCACUUUUGUGGUGGGAAAUAGGCUGAGCCUUAGCUGGUGAGUGCAAAUUCAGGAUUUGGAAACACAGUUGAAGUACUGAAGUUAAGACAGCAUUGUGAAUAAGACUAUGAAGCAUGCCUGAAACAGAAAACUGCUUAAAAUGUUUCUAAGAAAGUUGCAUUGUUUUGCUGACUCUUGCCAUUAAUACAAGAGAAUAAGAUAAUUAUGCAAUGCCGAGGGUCCAUGUGACAAAAA